AUGUACCACAACUCCCCCACCAGGGUCGCGCCGCAGCCCCUCUCCCUGAAUGGCCAGUACAUGACCCCCACCUACGACUUCACCGCGUACCACCCGCACGUGGACCCCGCCACCAGCGCCUGGAACCCCUACGCCCCACGGGAUGAGUAUCUGUACAGCCUCCAGCAGGGGUCCAGCCCCGGCACGGGCCAGGCCAACUACAGCUCCCACGACCUCAGCAGCCCCCCCGUGUCUGCAGCCGGGGGGGUCUUCAACAACUACAGCUUUAUGAGCGGGCACGGGCACACGCACGGACAGGACCCCUUCAUACCCAGGAGGAGACCCCCUGAAUCACCCAGGACAACAGCUCUUAUAGGGGGUAAGACUCGUACCAAGGACAAGUACAGGGUGGUGUACACGGACCACCAGCGCCUGGAGCUGGAGAAGGAAUUUCAAUUCAACAAAUAUAUUACGAUGAGAAGGAAGAGUGAGCUGUCGUCGGCACUAAGUCUUUCAGAAAGACAGAUAAAGAUAUGGUUCCAGAACAGACGCGCCAAAGAGCGAAAGAUAACCCGGAAAAAGCAGCAGCAUUCCCAGCAGGCGUCCACCACCACACCCACCCCCCCUGAGCUGGCUAGGCCCACGGACACUCACCUCUCCACCAGUCCACGGCAAGACAUUCUAUCUGAUACCGUGUCAGAGGAGUACUAA